AUACAAAUUUCUGUAUCUAUCUGUAAUCAUUCUCAGUCUCAACCGACUGAAGAAAGCCAGCUAGCUUUGCUAUGGAGGCCAGCAAAUGGAUCGCCGCGGCGGCGAGCAUAUGGAUACAGAGCAGCUGCGGUGCGUCGUACGCCUUCGGAAUCUACUCGCCGGUCCUCAAAUCGAGCCAGGGAUAUGAUCAGUCGACGCUCGACAUCGUCUCCGUCUUCAAGGACAUCGGCGCCAACGCCGGUAUUCUAUCCGGAUUGCUGUACUCCGCCGUCUCCCGGAGGAGCAGCCGCAGAGACGCGCCGGCGUCUUUUCUGCGGGGACCGUGGGUGGUCCACGCCGCGGGAGCGGUUCAGUGCUUCGUCGGUUACUUAUUCAUGUGGCUAGCGGUCACCGGCGCGAUUCCGCGGCCGCACGUGGUGGUUAUGUGCUUGUUCAUGUUCCUCGCCGCCCACGCGCAGACGUUUUUCAACACGGCGAAUGUUGUCGCCGGCGUCGAGAACUUUCCUGAAUACAGCGGGACGAUUGUUGGUAUACUGAAGGGCUUCCUUGGACUGAGUGGAGCAAUACUCAUACAAGUGUAUCAAACAUUAUUCGCAGGGAAGCCGAGUACUUUCCUGCUAAUGCUCGCAUUACUGCCAACAUUUAUAACUCUCGUCCUGAUGUUUUUUGUGAGAGUGCAUAGGGUGCAAUCGACACACGAUGAGAAGAAAUACUUAAAUGGAUUCUCAUUGAUUUCGAUUAUGGUUGCAACGUUUCUCAUGGUUCUGAUAAUAUUGGGCAACAUCUUUGAAGUGCCCCAGUGGGCGCGUGCCAUUACAUUAGCUCUCCUCCUUGUUCUGCUCUCUUCGCCUAUUUGCAUUGCUAUCAAAGCACAAAAGGGCUGUCCCGAGAGGUUAACAGACGGAAAUUCCUCAUUACAGAGUCCUCUAAUGAAGGAUAAAGAACCGGAAUCACAAGAAAGCUCUUCUGUAUCAGAGAAUCCAACUGAUUAUCACGAUGGAGUACGCCAGCGAAAGCACAGCACACCUAAUGGACACGAGCUCAAUCUCAUACAAGCAAUGCAGACACUCAACUUCUGGCUGCUGUUUGUGGCUAUGAUAUGCGGGAUGGGAUCAGGGCUAGCCACGAUCAAUAACAUCAGCCAGAUCGGAGAAUCCCUUGGCUACACAGCAGUGCAGCGAAGCACAUUGGUUUCCUUAUGGAGCAUAUGGAACUUUCUUGGCAGGUUCGGGGGUGGAUACGUCUCUGAUAUAUUCUUGCAUCGACAAGGAUGGGCAAGGCCAUUGUUCAUGACACUCACUCUAGCAGCCAUGACUGCAGGUCACAUUGUCAUCGGUUCUGGCUUUCCAGGUAACUUAUACAUUGGUUCAGUUUUAGUCGGCGUUUGUUAUGGCUCGCAAUGGUCGUUGAUGCCCACUAUUACUUCUGAAAUAUUCGGUGUUACGCACAUGGGGACAAUAUUUAACACCAUCGCCAUAGCUAGCCCUCUUGGAUCAUACAUGUUUUCUGUUAGAUUGAUCGGUUAUAUAUAUGAUAGGGAAGGGAGAGGGCUGGGGAAUUCUUGCCUGGGCAUCCAUUGUUUUAUGCUUUCUUUUUUCAUAUUAGCAUCUGUUACUCUUUUCGGGUGUUUCGUCGCCUUAGUUUUGCUAAUGAAGACUAGGGAAAUAUAUGCUGGGAUUGUGCAUAGAAGAAUGUGGUCCUGAUACUUUCGGCUUUGAUAUAUUAUUGCUUCUUGUAAUCGUAUCUUAAGCUGGGAUAUCACGAUUUUUUCAAUACAGUUGAUGUAUACGAGUUUGAUGCUUAUAAGAUUUUAUUCGAACGAUUGAUUUUCA